AUGAUUUUGGAUCGCGAGACCCACCAUAAGCACCAUGUCGGGGGAUCAAUUCAGGAUAUUCGCUUGACUCAAUCAACCCCAAGCUCAACUACUGCCUCUGUUACGAAGCUCCUCCGUAGAUCCAGCUCCACCUGUUCUGGUAAUAGUGAAUUCGGUUCAUGUGCUCUUCCUACCCAAAACCAAACAUUGCCAAUCGUUCUAGGUGUUACAAUUCCUGUAGUCUUUGCUAUCUGCUUGCUGGUAUACCUUCACUUCAGACAUUUGAAAAGAUUGAAAAUGGAAGAAAUUGCCGACAAGGAUAUUGAUGUUGAUAUGGAUGAUUAUGACACUAGCCUAGCCAACCAUCAACCAGUACAGCCACCCAAUGAAAAAUUUAAUAGAUACCCCGACCAAUCGUCUACACGUAGAGGCUCAAUGGAGACUACGAGCAACUCAAUCAACCCCGAUAAUCCAUUUUAUGCGAGAGCACCCUAUAUGAUGCACCCAGAGCUUACCAGUUCAAAGCACUCUUUAGAGGAGUAUUCUCGUUCCUUGCAUACAAUGAUGGACUCAAAUGUAUACCCUAGUAACACAUCUAUUUACUCAUCGAACAGUGGUUCCAGACCAAUUUCUCCCAAGUUUCCAUUCCGUCGUGACGAAAGCCCUGUACCCAGUACGCGCCUAAACAGCAACCUGGGGGUCGAACAACGCCAGUCAGGUUCUUCAGGAACGUCUUAUAUUUCGUCGGAUAGAACAGACAAAGGUAAUUCGAUGGUUAGUCCUCCUUCUACAGUUGCAUAUUCCCCAGAUACUGCUAGCAAUCCCAUGCUCCAACAACAAAUGAAACUCGAGGAGCAAAUAACUUCUGCAAUGCCUACACCUCCAGAACGUGCUUAUCAUAGAGAAUCAGUCAACGAUGACAACAAUCACAAUUCUUCAAGAGACAGUAUACGAUACAGCCAAGAAUUUAAAACUAGGGUUCUGAGCCAUGCUGAACUACCAGACCACAAUUUUGAUGAAUCAAAAAAUAGUUUUUCUUUUGAGCAAGAAGAAUCUGGCGAAUCGAUUGAGUCAAACAGGGGAGAUUUAGAUCGCAGUCUCACAAAACAAUUCGAGCGAGUCAAAUCUAUUUACAGGGAGUACAUGCCUGAUUCUCCUGAAACAACCCCAGUCCUCGGUUUAUCAAAUGAAGAUAUCGAGAGCCAGCCCUUAGAAAACUCUGUUGAAGCUCACCAUGAACGUGCUGACUUGCAAUUUGAACAGCGAUCUAUGGACCUCCAUGAGCAAUCAUUCGAGUCGCAAGGCAAUCAUGAUACGCCAUCCUCUAGCGCACAAGUCUAUAGAAAUGGGCAACAUGAACAGCAUUACGAGGCAUCGCACCCUGAAUCAUAUGACGAUUCUUUACCACAAGGACAAGAUGAAUUUUCAAAUGAAUACGGUCAGGGUAAUUAUUCAGAACAGCAUACUUCCUUUCAGCAACAGUACCCUGUUCAUCCGGAACAGUAUCCCAAUGCAUAUCGUCACAAUAACCUAGGUUCACCACUUUCACCAUAUCAAGGUCACACUGGCAGUGUUUCUCCUAAUUACAAUAGGACUUAUACUGCAUCGCCCGAGCCAUCACGGCAAGUCACUCCUCUAACGGAUUUGGCAAAACUGCCCGUCCCUCAUAAUCUCGACGAACAUGACUCGCCCCUUGCAUAUGCUCCUCAAAGACGCCAUAAUAAAGGAGCAGCUUCCCCUAUCCCUGCAUUUAAUCCACUCAAUAAUUGGUCUAAUGAAGAUGUUGGCUUGCCUAGUCCUCACGAAUUGCGGAAGAGUGUCGCUUUAAUGAACUUUGCACCUCCUAAAAAAUUCGUUGGCGCUGGCAGCAGCGCAGGCAAUAGUAGAGCCGGCAGCUUGGCUUCGUCUGUGUCUUCUCCUACUGGCCAGUGGGGUGCUUCGUCACCGCUACCAGUGUCCCUUAAGGCCCGUCCUUCAUCGCAAUUAGUUCCAGAUGCCAAGGACACUCAAAUGCUACGUCCUCAAAUGGAUAUGCGAUAA